AUGGCUGGCGGUCGAAGCUCGAUCCCCGGCCACGCCGAACCGGUCAUCUCGGCCAGCUUUUCGCCCGACGGCUGCUCCCUGGCCAGCGGCUCCGGGGACAAGACGGUCCGGUUCUGGGACGUCAGCACAGAAACGCCCCAGCACACAUGCACCGGUCACCGUCACUGGGUGCUCUGCAUCGCCUGGUCGCCCGACUGCCGCCUGCUCGCUUCCGGCUGCAAGUCGGGCGAGGUCCGCCUCUGGGAACCGGGUCAGUCUCGACUGCUGGCGUCCAGCUCGAAGGACGGUGACGUCCGCGUGUGGGACGCCCAGCUGCAGCGGUGCCUGCGCGUACUGACGGGGCACCGGCAGUCGGUGACGUGCCUCGCUGGGGCGGCGCCGACCUCCUCUACAGCGGCCUCCCAAGACCGCAGUGUACGAGUGUGGGCCGCCACCGACGGAGCAAUGUGCCGGGCACUGCAAGGCCACGGUCACUGGGUCAACACGCUGGCGCUGAGCACAGACUACUCAUGCGGACGGGCGUAUGACCCGGCCAGCGGCGACGUCGGACAUCUAGCGGACAAACGCACAGAUGAUGAGAAGUUGGCAGCCGCCAAGAAGCGGUACGCGACGUUACUGGCAUCUAGCGGUGGCGAGGAGAGACUGGUAUCGGGCAGUGACGACUUCACCAUGUUCCUCUGGAAUCCAGUGAAGGGCACUAAGCCUCUGGCGCGGAUGACCGGCCACCAACAGCUGAUCAACGACGUCCGCUUCUCGCCGGAUGCCCGGCUCAUCGCUUCCGCCUCGUUCGACAAAUCGAUACGCCUCUGGGAGGGCAAGACGGGAAAGUUCGUGGCGGCGCUGCGCGGCCACGUGCAGGCCGUGUACAUGGUGGCCUGGUCGGCCGACUCCCGCCUGCUGGUCAGCGGCAGCGCCGACUCCACGCUCAAAGUGUGGUCGAUGAGGAGCCGCAAGCUGCAGCUGGACCUGCCCGGCCACGCGGACGAGGUGUUCGCCGUCGACUGGUCCCCCGACGGCCAGCGCGUGGUCAGCGGCGGCAAGGACAAGCUGCUGCGGAUAUGGCGGCGAUAGCGGGCCGACGGUGGCGGUGGCG